UAAUAGUACUGAUACAACUUGUAUAAUUGCAGGGACAGCUUCGAUGUGGUGCGUGAUUGGAAAGACAUUCUCUCCGGAGGUGAAAAACAACGAAUGGCUGUCGCUCGUCUAUUUUAUCACAAGCCACGGUAUGCUCUUCUUGACGAAUGCACUAGUGCAGUUUCAAUAGACGUGGAAAGCUCAAUAUAUGAAAUUGCCAAGAACAUGGGCAUCACGCUUUUGACAAUCACCCACAGACCUACCCUAUGGAAAUUUCAUACGCAUAUUCUUGAAUUCGAUGGCCUGGGAAGGUGGAAAUUUAGGCAAUUGGAUACUAAUGAAAAGCAAAAGGAAAAAUUCAUUCAUUAAUAUUGACAUUGACUAAUUAU